UUGCUUUUGGAAGUCAUGAAGGACCUAAAUAUACGAAAAGCUUCGUCCAAUGAUUUCGAGGCAAUUUAUAGUUUACUUAAGGAUAUGCGAGAAGAAGAGGGCCGUCAGGCGGCAUUAAUACUGACGUGUGAAGAGUUUAAACGUGAUGGAGAAAAUAAGCUUUUCGAGGCACAUGUCGUGGAAUUGAAAGACAGUAAAGAAGUGAUUGGAUUCGCCACCUAUUUUUUUGGAUUUAAUGGAGAUUGUGGGAAAAUCUUAUACUUAGAAGACAUUUAUAUAAAACCAGCACACAGAUCCAAAGGAUACGGAACGACGGUGUUUAAAUAUAUAGCAAAGGUUACCCUUGAGAGCGGGGCUCGGCGUAUGGAAUGGUGUGUUAUGAACGAUCCAUCGUGGAACGCGAAGACGAUUGAAUUCUACAAAAAGUUUGACAGUAUCGACGAGAAUUUAAAACAGUUGUAUCUUCAAGGAGAUGUGUUAAAGAAAUGUGCAGAAUUUUGAUAUAAGAAUAUAAGAUAAAUUUAGUGUGACUGGCAGACAAGAUAUUGGCUAUAACCCCGUUCUUUCUCCUGGUGUGCAGUCAUAUAUAGUUGUGUACUAGCCUAUACACCCUGGUGUCAAGAAAGUAAAAAAUAUACACAUAA